GGCCGCCGCGCCGCACCAGCCGCACCCGCCGCACCAGCCGCACGCGCCGCAUCAGCCGCCCGCCUCCGGCUCCAUCGCCGACCCGGAGAAGAGGAAACUGAUACAGCAGCAACUGGUGCUGCUGCUGCACGCACACAAGUGCCAGAGGCGGGAGUCCCAGUCGAACGGCGAGUCGUGGCAGUGUUCGCUGCCGCAUUGUAAGACUAUGAAGGGCGUGCUGAACCACAUGAUGUCGUGUCAGGCCGGCAAGAACUGUGCGGUGCCUCAUUGCUCAUCGUCGAGACAGAUCAUCAACCAUUGGAAGCAUUGUAACAAAAAUGACUGUCCUGUGUGUUUGCCUCUGAAGCAGGCGGACAGGACUAGAAAUAAUAAUAUGAACGCUAUGUUUUUUCCGAUCCUAGCAGCGGCAGUGAGUCACACGACGACCGGUGUGAGCACCGGCGGCGUGGGCUCGGUGGGCGGCGUGGGCGUGGGCGUGGUGGGCAACGUGGGCGUGGUGGGCAACGUGGGCGGCGUGGGCAACGCCGCUGGGGCCAUGCCCGGCGUCAACUCGCUGCCCGGCGUUGCGCCCGCGCCCUCCGCGCCUGCGCCUACUCCUAACACACAGGGUGCGGACAUGAAGCGCGCGUACGAGGCGCUGGGCAUCGCGUGCCCGACGUCGGUGUCGAACAUGACGGGCGGGUUCCCGCGCGCGCCGCUGGCCCGCAUGGCCGUGCCGCGCCCGCCGGGGCUCACCGACGUGGUGCCGCAGCAGCCCAUGCAGCAGCUGUUCCAGCAGACCCAGCAGGAUCUGCAGCAGCAGCAGCUGAUGACUGCGAAUACCUUACAACUACCCGGCGGGCCGGUCACUGCGAACCCGGCGUCUGGCACGAAAGAAUGGCACCAGUCUAUAACAGCCGAUCUCAGAAACCAUCUUGUUCAUAAAUUGGUGCAAGCUAUUUUUCCUACGCCAGAUCCUCAUGCAAUGUUAGAUAAGAGAAUGCACAACUUAGUAGCGUACGCGAGAAAGGUGGAGGGUGACAUGUACGAAAUGGCGAGCACGCGGUCGGAGUACUACCACUUGCUCGCGGAGAAGAUAUACAAAAUCCAGAAGGAGUUAGAAGAAAAGAGACAGAAGAGAAAGGAGCAGCAGCUGCAGGCGCAGCAACAACAGAAUCAGCUGACCCAAGGGCAGGGCAUUCCUCAGCAGCAAGUCAACGUGAUGUCUGGGGGUGGGGUGAUGACGGGCGUGCGACCGCCGGCGCCGAAUGCGGUAGCUGGGUUGUCCAGGCCACAGAUGCCGACGCAAUCAUUGCCGGGCAUGAGGAUCCCGUCGCCCGGACACGCGGGGAUGACCCUCGGCAUGCCCACCAACCGAAUGUCGUUCCCUACCAACCUCGUUGGGCCGCCAGGACCAAGUCCGAACCAAAUGCCUCAAACACCAAACGGCGGCACCGUGGUUGGCAACCCGGGUAUGUCCCCGUUCGGUCAGACGAUGACGUCACCCGCGUCCUACCCCGCGCUGCUGAGCAACGGCCCCGCCCCCCUCGCCUCGCCCAGUCAUCCCGAUACAAAGGUCCGGCUUCAAGGUCCCGUGCCGAACAGUCCGUUCGUGAACCACGCGACGUUCGCGGGCGCGUCGCCGGCGCCGGGCACGCCGCACACGCCGCUGGCGCACCCCAGCCCGGCGCCCGAGCGGCCCGCCUCCCGCCCGCCCGCGCCCGCCCCAGACCCGCCGCCGCCGCCCGAGAUAGACGACCAGGAGCAGGCGCAGGAGGUUCGAAUCAAACAAGAACCCGAAGAGACCAGAAUAAAAGAGGAGAUCGAGGAAGACUGCGGAGGCAAGGGUAUGCGCGACGAGCCGCCCGGCGACCCUGUCGAGCAUAGCGACUUCGUGGUCAAGCACGAAAUCAAGCAGGAGAUCAAACAAGAAAUUAAAGACGAGCCUGCAGAGGCCAGCUCCUUAGAGAACAAUACGGGCGAGCGCGGCGCCAGGAGAACCUUCGUCUUCAAGUCGGAGGAGCUCCGUCAAGCGCUCAUGCCGACCCUAGAGAAACUCUUCCGGCAGGAACCCGAGUCGUUGCCUUUCCGCCAGCCCGUGGACGCCCAGGCUCUCGGCAUCCCGGACUACUUCGACAUCGUCAAGAACCCCAUCGACCUGUCCACGAUCAAGAACAAGCUGGACCACGGCGAGUACAAGGACCCGUGGCAGUACGUGGACGACGUCUGGCUCAUGUUUGAAAACGCGUGGCUCUACAACAGAAAGAACUCCAGAGUCUACAGAUACUGUACCAAGCUGUCAGAGGUGUUCGAACAAGAAAUAGACCCGGUCAUGCAGAGUCUAGGCUACUGCUGCGGCAGAAAGUAUACGUUCAACCCGCAAGUGCUAUGCUGCUUCGGGAAGCAGCUGUGUACAAUCCCGCGAGACGCCAAGUACUUCAGUUACCAGAACAGUCUAAAAGCGUAUGGGGUUGUGUCCGAUAGAUACACCUUCUGCCAGAAAUGCUUCAACGACAUCCAGGGCGACACCGUCACGCUCGGAGACGAUCCGCUACAACCUCAGACUGCAAUCAAAAAGGAUCAAUUCAAGGAGAUGAAGAAUGACCAUUUAGAACAAGAACCGUUCGUCGUGUGUAUGGACUGUGGUAGAAAGCAGCAUCAGAUAUGCGUGCUGCACCAUGACCAAAUAUGGCCUCAGGGCUUCUGCUGUGAUAAUUGUUUGAAAAUGAAAGGAGCUAAGAGGAAAGAGAACAAAUUUUGUGCUAAGAAGCUGCCUACCUCGAAACUUGGCAUUUAUAUUGAGACGAGAGUCAAUAAUUUUCUUAAGAAAAAAGAGGCUAGUGCUGGUGAAGUGCAUAUCAGGGUGGUUGCGUCAUCUGAUAAGAUGGUGGAAGUAAAACCUGGCAUGAGAUCCAGGUUUGUGGAAUCCGGCGAGCUGUGCGCUGAAUUCCCGUAUCGGGCAAAAGCGUUGUUUGCAUUUGAAGAGGUUGACGGAACCGACAUUUGUUUCUUUGGCAUGCACGUACAGGAGUACGGCAGCGAAAGUCCUUCGCCCAAUACGAGGCGUGUGUAUAUAGCUUAUUUAGACUCUGUACAUUUCUUCCAACCUAGGUUGUACCGAACCGCUGUAUAUCACGAGAUUUUAUUAGGUUAUUUGGACUAUGCAAAGCAGCUGGGCUAUACGAUGGCCCACAUAUGGGCGUGCCCGCCCUCCGAGGGCGACGACUACAUUUUCCACUGCCAUCCGCCCGAACAAAAGAUUCCUAAGCCUAAAAGGCUGCAAGAGUGGUAUAAGAAAAUGUUAGACAAAGGUAUAAUAGAGAGGAUAAUAUUAGACUACAAAGAUAUUCUGAAGCAAGCGAUGGAGGACAGCAUCUCGUCCGCGGCCGAGCUGCCGUACUUCGAGGGCGAUUUCUGGCCCAACGUGCUCGAGGAGUCCAUCAAGGAGCUGGACCAGGAGGAGGAGGAGAAGCGCAAGCAGCUCGAAGCCGCCGAGGCAGUGAUAUUCCAGUCGUCAGAGGAAAACGAACAAGGCCCCGACGGCAAGAAGAAAGGCCAGAAGAAAGCGAAGAAAUCGAAUAAAUCAAAAGCCGCUCAGAGAAAGAACAGCAAGAAACAGAGCGACCAGCAGCAGGGUAGUGAUCUCAGUGCAAAGAUAUUUGCGACCAUGGAGAAACAUAAAGAAGUUUUCUUCGUAAUUAGGCUACAUUCCGCACAGUCCGCGGCGAGCUUAGCGCCAAUCCAAGACCCGGACCCGUUAAUAAACUGCGACCUGAUGGACGGGCGAGACGCGUUCCUGACGAUGGCCCGCGACCGCCACUACGAGUUCUCGUCGACGCGCCGCGCGCGCUUCUCCACCUUAUGCAUGCUGUACGAGCUGCACAACCAGGGCACGGACAAGUUCGUGUACACGUGCAACACGUGCAAGGCGCACGUGGAGACGCGCUACCACUGCACCGUGUGCGACGACUUCGACCUGUGCGUGCCGUGCUACGACAAGGAGGGCCAUCCGCACAAGAUGGAGAAGCUGGGCCUCGACAUCGACGUGGGCUCGUCGCCGGGCGACAUGAAGCAGGCCAACCCGCAGGAAGCGCGCAAGCUGUCCAUCCAGCGCUGCAUCCAGUCGCUGGUGCACGCCUGCCAGUGCCGCGACGCCAACUGCCGCCUGCCGUCCUGCCAGAAGAUGAAGCGUGUCGUCACGCACACGAAGAUCUGCAAGCGCAAGACGAAGGGCGACUGCCCUAUUUGCAAGCAGCUCAUCGCGUUGUGCUGUUACCACGCGAAACACUGUCAAGAAACAAAAUGCUCAGUGCCGUUCUGCAGCAGCAUAAAGCAGAAGCUAAAGCAGCAGCAGGUGCAGCAACGAGUGCAGCAAGCGAAGUUGCUACGGCGACGUAUGGCGGCCAUGAACACGCGCGCGUGUCCGGGCGCCUCGUCGCCGCCGCACCAGCCGCCCGCGCUGGCGUCGCCGCCGCCCUCCAAGCCGCAGCACUCGCUGCCGCACAACGUGCAGAAGGCGCUGCAGCAGGUCCAAGAGGAGGCGGCGCGACAGCAAGCGCCGUCGUACGGCAAACAAGGCGGCAUGGGCCCGCCGGGCGUCGGCGUGGGCGGCGUGGCCGGCGUGGGCGGCGCCGUGGGCGUGGCCGGCGCCGGCGUGGGCGUGGUCGGCAUGGGCGCGCGCGCCGACUGGGCGGCUCGGUACCGCGCGCCGCCGCCGCUGCACCACGCGCACCACGCGCGGCUGCCGCACCACCACCACCAGCCGCUGCACCAGCCGCACCAGCAGCACCCGCCGCAUCAGCAGCUGACGUCGCUGCAGCACCCCGCGCUCACGCACCAACAGCAAACCCUCCAACAACAAAGAGCACCCGCGCCUCAGCAGCAACAAACGCAACCUCAGAUGCACCAGAAGGCGUUGCAGCAGCUGAUGGCGACACUACGCUCGCCCACCACGCACAACCAGCAGCAGGAGAUACUACAGAUCCUCAAGUCCAACCCACCGCUCAUGGCCGCCUUCAUCAAACAAAGACAGAAUGCCCAAAACCAACAAGCCGCAGCGGGCGGUGUAGGCGGCGUGGGCGGCGUGGGUGGGCCUGGUGUGGGCGCGGUGGGCAGCGUGGGCGGAGUGGGAGGCGUGGGCGGCGUGGGUGGCGUCUGCGGCGUGGGCAUGGGCGGCGUGCCGCAGCAGCAGCCGCUGCAGCACAUGAUGCAGCCGCAGCAGCAGCAGCGGCUGCAGCAGAUGCACCAGAUGCUGCCGCAGCAGCAGCAAGUCGGUGGCGUGACGCAAGUCCCGGGCGGCGUGGCGGGCGGCGUGGCGGGCGGCGGGCCGGGCGCGGGCUGGUACAAGCAGGGCGCGGGGCUGAUGGGGCUGCGCGCGCCGUUCGCGGCGGGCGCGCGGCGCUUCGGGUUCGGCGGCGGGCUGGCGCGCUCGCCCGAGGGCACGGCGUCGCCGCGGCGGCCGUCGCCCGCGCCCGAGGAGCAGCUGGCGCCGCUGACGCCGCAGGACCAGCUGACCAAGUUCGUGGAGCAGUUGUAGGGGCGGGCGCUGUACAUAGCGCGAGCGCGCCCGCCGUCCGCCCCGAGCCGAGCGCUCGAUGUACAAAUUGUAAAUAUGAGGAACCGCGUCCUGUCCGCUUCUGCGUAAUGUGAGUUGUUCGUAGUGUAGGUACGUUAUGAUACUUAUUCUGUUUAUUGUAAUUAAAUCAUUUUAUAAUAUAAUUAUGUGAUCAUUAUAAAACCGUUGUUUCUGUUCCUCCCCGGACGUGCGCGGGCCGCGGCGCCCCGAGACUCUGUGUGAAGACCGAUAUGCUUGCCGAUAAUGCCUUAAAUUUUUAUUGUAACCGAGACCGAAAGUAUUGUUGAGUAGUAUUUAAAAAUAGAAAAUAUUUCC